CGAAGUCAAGAAGAAGAUUAAGCAUGAGACGCCAAUAAGGAAGGAAAUAAGUUGGCCAACUUAGACGGCGAUGGUUAUGGUUAUUAUGGCUGCCCCUAAUUUCUAACCCUUCUCCUUCUCCAAACCUUUUGCCUUUCCCUUUCCCUUUCCUUAUAAAUUCCCACGUCAAAACGUGCCUUCGCCGCUGCACCUUUCUUCAUCCUUCUUCUAUUUCCCCCUUCCCAAGAACACCCAUUUUGUUCUCUCAAUUGCCAUGGCCACCGCCAACAGAUGGUUGAAGCCUGAGGUGUAUCCUCUCUUUGCUACGGUUGGUGUGGCCGUUGGCAUCUGUGGUAUGCAGCUUGUUAGAAACAUAACCACCAAUCCUGAAGUCAGGGUUACCAAACAGAGGAGAGCUGCUGGAGUGCUUGACAACUUUGAAGAAGGUGAGAAGUAUGCAGAGCAUGGGCUUAGGAAGUUCCUCAGAACAAGGCCCCCUCAGAUUAUGCCUUCCAUCAACAAAUUCUUCUCAGAUCCAAACUAAAUCCAAUUCUGAUACCAACCUUUGAAUUUUGUUCCAAAUAAUGAAGUGAUAUUCAAACUGAUGGUGUAUGAUUCUUCUGUUAUUUUUAUAAGGGAAACCGAACCCGAAAAUUCCG